GGUAUUCCAUGAUACUUGCAUAUUUUGUACAAAUAUCAACAUGGGGGUUAUUUAACGUCGCUCCUAUUUUACUAGGCAUCACUCGCAUUUUUUACUUGAAAUUCCGUAUUUACCCCUCGUAAAUAAAUACUCACGACACUCACUCACAACAUUUAUUUCUGAAAUCAUAUUUUACUCUCAUACUUCACUCUCAUUUUAUCUCCUAAAAUUUCAAAAUCUGAAAAUAAAAAAAAAUCUGAAAAUUAAAAAAAAAAAAAAAACAGAAAAAAAAGUAAACACAUCCACAACCCACCACCAACAGCCACCAAUCCAAGGAGGGGAGAAGAAAACCGACGAUAGCGGACCCGCGACGAAUCCGGGUGACGUACGGUGGUGGCAUCGGAGGCGAACAGGUAUGUGUUUAAAUCGGAAAAAAAAAAUCGCAACACUGUACAUCCGCCUGAAAUUUCCGGAUGAACCAAGGAGGAUCCGGGAAUUUCAGACGGAUCCUCCUUGGUUCAUCCGGCACAUGUACCCAUCCGCCUAAAUUUUGUUGGAACUUAGUUUAAUUACUUUUAUUAAUCUAUAUUAUAUAGCUACAACUGUUCGACCUUAGUGAAAGUACAUAAAUGAGUUCACUACCUAAUUAAUGCAUCCCACAUGUUCCUUCUAACUUCAUAUUGCUGAUCCCAUCCAUCAACACUUGGCUCGUGGUGCUCGGUCCACCAACCUGCAAUUGAGGGAAGAGGUGAAUCUUGUGCAAGAUCAAGACGGAUGAAAUGUGACCCACCAACUGUAGCGAUCACGAACUCUCGAGCGGGUGCCCUAACCGUGUUUCGUGCCCGCAACGGUAACACCGUGAUGCAUGGCUAGUAGCAAGUUGGCACGUUGCCUACACCGGGAAGAAUCACCUUUGCGUUUAACCAAGUAGCAGUAGAAAAUAAAUCUUAAAUUGCUACCAUCCAAUGCGUGAAUCAACCGCCCUACCUUCCCAUCGAAUAUGUUCUGCAUUCAUCCAAGACCAACCGAUACGGGAUGCCGUUAUUUGAGAUAGUGGGUAUAACUCUUGACAAAUCAGAAUUUCCUCGUUGGCAUUGUGUUCAUGCGUAACGAGUGCACGACAAGCUAUCGGUGGUUGUUAGCAGAGAUUAAGGGAGUUGAUUGGGUAUGAUAAAGAACCAUCGGUAUUUUUGUCAAACCGGGAGCUUGGCCUCUGUGCGGCAUUGAGAGAAGUGUUUCCAGAGACGUCGCAUUUACUUUGUCGAUGGCACAUUAACAAAGAUAUGGAGGCUAAGGUGACUGAUAUGUUCAAAAAUAAGAGGAUUGUUGUGAGUUUUAAAAAUGGCAAAUGGAAACGUAUCAUGGAUGCUACAACCGAGACGGAUUAUAAUGCUGCUGUAGAUACAAUGAACGCUCGGUGGGCAAGUUAUUUUAUGUUGAGAGAACAUGUCGUUGUCAUAAAAUCAAAUUUAUGACAUUUUGGACGAACCAAGUUCUUCACUUUGGUAACACGAGUAAUUGUAGAGUUAGAGAACCAACAUUCGGCAGUGAAGACGUGGUUUGAAUCAUCGACAGGUUCGUUGUUAUAAUGUUGUCGUUGUUGACUUUACUUCGUUUUAGUAAUUUUAAUUAAAAAUCAUAAUGUUUUUUUUUAUAAUCUGAAUCAACGGCAGGUUCUUUGGAUACCGUAUGGGCCCGAGUACAUUGUCAUAUUGGUAAUCGGAUCAUUGCAAUUCGUAAUGGUUUAGAGGCAUCGAGAUCGAAAAAUGAUGAGAAGUACAGACAAUUGCCACUGUCACGUAUAAAUGGCAAAGUGUCUCAACGUUGUUUGAAAGUUCUUGAUGAUGAGACGAGACGGAUGAGAGAGUUGAGUUACCAGGUGUAUGAGCGUUGUGGAUGUGCAAUGCGUGUGACCCAUGGUUUACCAUGUGCUUGUCAGAUACACGAUUCGCUAGUUGCACAUUCAAGCUUGUUAUAUCAGGCAAAUUCAUUCAUUCUCGAAGACCUUGGUUAUUGGUGAUGGUGUUGAUAUACCUGUGUUCGUUAACGAUUCAACCGAGGAAGCUGCACAUUUUCAUUCCCUGGUUGAUGAGGUCAUUGGUAGUGAUCAUGCUAUACAUUGAAAUGUAUCAUGCAUCAUUUAAGAGGAGCUGCAUCUGGAUCAUUGAAGAACCACAUGUAAACCCCCAACGUUCGAGUAACAAUGAUACUAGGCGUGAUCCUUGUUAUUUCGAACAUGUAAACCGUCGAAACACUCAACGUGGUACACAACCAGCAGGUACGACAUUAGAAGAUCAAUGUGACAUCAGUCAAUGCAAUGCAAAUAUUUGCACUUGCUUCCAGAACCGAUGUUGUCUUACAUCACGGCCAUGGAAGGAUGUCAUUGGUGAUGGAAACUGUGGCUUUCGUUGUAUGGCUGACUUCUUCUUUGGUGAUCAAGCGCAAUGGUUUACCGCUCGGGAAACAAUAGCAAACGAGGUCGCCGCUCAUCCAAUGUUGUACGGAAGGAUUUACGGGAUUAGAAGGGUUUGGAUGAAUGCAGGGCGUAUUCGAUGGGAAGGUAGGGCGGUUGAUUCACGCAUUGGAUGGUAGCAAUUUAAGAUUUAUUUUCUACUGCUACUUGGUUAAACGCAAAGGUGAUUCUUCCCGGUGUAGGCAGCGUGCCAACUUGCUACUAGCCAUGCAUCACGAUGUUACCGUUGCGGGCACGAAACACGGUUAGGGCACCCGCUCGAGAGUUCGUGAUCGCUACAGUUGGUGGGUCACAUUUCAUCCGUCUUGAUCUUGCACAAGAUUCACCUCUUCCCUCAAUUGCAGGUUGGUGGACCGAGCACCACGAGCCAAGUGUUGAUGGAUGAGAUCAACAAUAUGAAGUUAGAAGGAUCAUGUGUGAUGCAUUAAUUAGGUAGUGAACUCAUUUAUGUACUUUCACUAAGGUCGAACAGUUGUAGCUAUAUAAUAUAGAUUAAUAAAAGUAAUUAAACUAAGUUCCAACAAAAAUUAGG